UCAACUCAUAUUCUUUCGUCACGUAUUUUCAAGCCGCAAAGUUCUCACUUUGUGAACCCUCGGGAGCUUUUCUGGAUUCGCAGGGUGGUUACGCACAACUUUUACGCACACAGUAAACCUCGAUGCGCUGCUCGCACAGCCUGCACCACGGACUCCACUGCAAAAAACACUCCCACAGGUGAGACUGUGUCAAGUGUGCAAAGUGCACAGAUGGAGGACUCGAUGCACUCCACGCGCUGGUGAAACGGGAUCAAACCGCGGACAGUGGAAAGUGUGCGUGGAACAGCUGCGAGACGCGCUGCGUGCCAAAAUGAACCUUAACCACCAGAGCUGGAGAGUCCUGCAGGUAGUUCUUACCGCAGUUAUUGCCGUCUUCACGCAAGAUUUGACCAGUCAAGAGGUGGCCGACAGUAAGAGCUCAGUGCCUAUCCCUGUCUUCUUGCCCGUCACCUACGACGUGCGGGAUGCUGACUACUUUUUCCUUAAGGAGGCUGGGCAAGAUUUCAUGAGAAACUCCAGCAUGCACAGUAACACACAGUCCUUUGUCAUCCUAAGAGCCAGUCGCCAACCGGUGGUCAGUGCAACUUACGGUCCGUUCUCCACACAACACCUUGUACCUUCAGAUCUGGUCCAAUCCGUGCAGCUCUUUAAAGCACCAGGUGUUUUUACCUACAACUGGAAAAUACAUUCUUUUGUGCUGACCCCUCGUGUUUUUUCCUCCAAACCCAAAGUGCGGGUGCUCUUCUACGUGGCGGGGCGGGACUGGAAUAGGGGAGAGGGAAGUGUGGAUGAACUACCGUGUGUCACAGUGUAUGGUUUCUGGCAAACCCAGGAGGUGCGGAGCUCCUGUGCCUUGGGAGGUGAGAGGGGAAUUUGCAUGGCAGAGCUCGUUCCUGCAUCUGGUUGGUUUGCUCUAGGGUCACAGGGCACGAGCAGGGAGCGGCAGGAGCCCUCUGCUGGGAACCCUGUGGAGCUCUACUACCAGGCUCAGCCCAAACUCAAUGGUCAAUGUAAUUUUAUGGAUAGAAGCAGAUGGAGCAGCUCAGAGCAACAGUCGGAGGAUGUUUCUGUCACACCCAUGCAGAGAAUUGGCAGUGUGCGCCUCCUGCAGAUGCCUAAAGGGAAGGCAACCCUUUCUCAACUCAAGCUUGGAAAUGCUAUUGUUAUUCGGACGUCCUCCAAACCACUGAUGAAGACUGACAUAGCCACCUUUUACAUUCUCAUGGUCAGCUCUGCUCAGCUGGUUAACUUCACUCUCCGAGCAACAGUGAGGAAAGGAGGUGACCUUUCAGUCAGGACAUCCACUAACUCCUUAGUAUGGGAUGUCAAUGUGGACGUGGGCGGAGGAACCAUCGCUGUUAUCUGUCAGAGGAAGAAGGCUCAUGUACUGGGAAAAAGGGUCGAAACCAGCCUGCUGGAAGGUCUUCAGAUGAAUUUUGAAGUGGAGGAGCUAGGCAGUCCUCUCGAUAGUCAGGUGAUUGUCUGGAAGUUGGAGGUACCAUCCACCUCCAAAAACAGAGCCAAGACCGAAGGAGCCAUGAGGAUCUACACCACGCAGAGAGACUUUGUUGGCCUGGCUCCGCUCGUAAUGGACACUGAGAUCCUGAACACAGCUGUACUGAGUGGAAAGAAGGUGGUGAUGCCAGUGAGGAUAGUAGCUGUGGAGGAAGAUGGAGCAGUCACGGAUGUGUCUGACUAUACUGACUGUAGCUCCACGGAUGAAGAUGUACUUAAGGUGUCCGACAGGUGUGAGUAUGUCUUUGUGAACGGCAAGGAGACGAAGGGCAAAGUGAAGAUGAUGGUGAACUUCACCUACAGCUACCUGAGCGCUCAACUGGAACUGAAUGUGUGGAUGCCCCAACUCCCCCUCCAGAUUGAGGUGUCUGACAGAGAGCUGAGUCAGAUCAAAAGCUGGAGGAUACCCAUAUUGACCUCCAAGAGACCUGGCUGGAACAGUGAGGAAAACAGAAAGGGGAAGGGCUGCAUGCUGCAGCUUCAGCACGCCCUAGUGCGUGUGCUUACGCACUACAUAGCGGAGCAGGAGGACCCCAGGGACCCCAAGGCCUAUUUCCUGGGCUCUGAUUGGCAGAUAGAUGUCACAAAGUUAGUGCGAUACUUCAUGAAGGUGGAGGACCCCCGUGUGGCAAGGCUGCAGGCGGGAAGGGUGCUAUCGGGAAGGGACCUUGGAACAACUGCCAUCCAGGUGUUUUCUCCACUUUCUGACAAAGUAUUGGCCAAGACAACAAUCAAAGUCGUGGAUGACAAAGUGACAAUCACAGAGUUGGGCAUCCAGCUCAUAACAGGGCUCUCUAUGAUUGUGCAGCUCAGUGCAGGAAACAACAGAGCCAUCGUUGCUACCACAACCACACAGGAGGUUCUCCAGAGCCCCAAGCAGGAAGCCAUGGUCAGUGCCUGGGUCCAGUUCAGUGAUGGCAACCAGACACCAUUAGAUAUUUAUGAUCCUUCAUACUACCGGUUGACGGUGACAUCUCUCAAUCAGGAUGUGGUAUUGGUGCGGGGCACACCUCCGACAGUGGUGGCAAAGGGUGAGGGCGAGGGAGUUCUUGUCAGAAUAGAGAUGUCCAUUUGUGAAACUUGCCAGAAGUCCAAACGCAAAAGCACUGUGGCCGUAGGCAAUGGCAACCUCAAGGUGAAGUUUGAGGUGAACAGCCAGCGCCCAGACAGCAAUGCCAGUAGCACGAACAUCAGCACUAUGAGCACCAAUGGCAUUACUUAUAGAGGGAACAGGGAGAACACCAGUAACUGUGGGAAUGGUAGCGCACUGUUGGACAAUGAUCGUAAACAAGAAAAGCCAUCCCAGAAUCCUCCACCAUGUAGCUCAAACUCAGAGAGAGAGGACAAUGCCAUGCAGAAUACACCAUCCACAAUUAAAUCCACAUACCACAGCAUCAUAACCAGUGGCAGCCUUGGAGGGGUGGGUAAGAAUAGUUAUUCAGGAAACCCUAGCAGUCCAAUUGGCAUGGUGAACAUCAGCAUGAAGAGCAGCCCCAGUGAUGGCAGCAAAGCAAACAGUAUGAUCGUGGAAGAUAUGACCAGCGUUGGCUUCACAAGCACUGUUAAAGCCCUUGGUAACCUGGUGAACUACAACAACCUCUCCAUUAAGACUGAGGUGCCUGGGCAGGAAAGAGUGGAGGUGGAAAUCAGUGGUGAAGAAAUGCUGGCAAAUAGGCCUCUCACUGACUUGGAGAUUGGAAUGUAUGCUUUGUUAGGGGUUUUCUGCCUGGCCAUCCUUGUAUUCAUGGUUAACUGCAUCUCAUAUUUUGUUAAGUUCAAGCAUAAGAAGCCGCCCUCGCAUAACCAGGAGCCAACUGGACACAGGCAUGACUGGGUGUGGCUUGGCACAGAUGCUGAGCUGGUGAUGAGCGUGCCAGGCAGCCCUGUCCAACAAGACGCCCAGACUACAACCACUGUGAUAGACAUUGGGCCUGAUAAGACUGCUUCACUCUCCAGGACACCCAGCUGCCUGGCCUCGGUGACAGACUCUCCCAUUGGUUGCGUGGGUUCCCUGAGGAGUAAAGCUAUGCCCACCGAGUCCGUUCACUCGCCCACCAGCAAGAGAAAGAGAGUCCAUUUCACCACAUUCUCCACAUUGGAACGCCAGCAUUCACCAAAUCUGUCCGUGCGGGAGAACGGCCAUGGUAUACACUGGGUUGGGAAGGAAGACAGCUGCCAGGAAGAAUCCCAGGUGCCCAUCACAGAGCCCAGGGACCAAAUGUAAGACAGAAGCUGAUCAGCUCCCAAACAUGGCUUUGAUCACCUCAAUGCCUUUGUUAACUCCAAUAACUGUAAAAAAAAA